AUGGCAUCCAAAGAGAAACAAGUGGUGAAAAAUGUCAACAUGGAAAAUGACCAGCAGGAAAACGAAGAACAGGGUCCUGUGCAGAAUGAAGAGGAAACACAAUUGAGAGGGAGUGAAGGCCCUAAGAAUGGAAGAAAUGUUAAGCUGGGGCAAAUGAGAGGACUUGUCCCUAAUUUUCAAUGGGCCAUACCUAACAAGCAUAUUGAUCACAAUGAAAUGGGAGAUGAUGUGGAAAAGUUCAUAGGGCAAAUGAUGGAGAUCCGGAGAAAGACUAAGGAGCAGCAAAUGAGGCAUCAUAAGCGCUUUCAAACUCCUGAACCUGAUAAUCAUUAUGACUUUUGCCUUAUACCUUGA